AUCUCUGCUCGCCUGACCCGUUUCUCAGCACCCUCUCUGUAAAAUUAGCGAAUACUGCAGCAAGAAGUGAGUGUGUGUAUGUGAGUGUGUGUGUGUGUAUCCCGAUCAAGAGGAAAGCAAGGAAUAAUAUUUAUAACAACCUCUCAUCUGGCUACUGACAGCAGAGAUGGCAGCCAUUCGGAAGAAGCUGGUGAUUGUCGGGGAUGGAGCCUGCGGGAAAACAUGUCUUCUCAUUGUUUUCAGUAAAGACCAGUUUCCUGAAGUCUACGUCCCGACAGUGUUCGAGAACUACAUCGCUGAUAUCGAGGUUGAUGGAAAACAGGUGGAGUUGGCGCUGUGGGAUACCGCGGGCCAAGAGGACUAUGACAGGUUGAGGCCUCUCUCUUACCCCGACACAGAUGUCAUCCUCAUGUGCUUCUCCAUCGACAGCCCGGACAGUUUAGAAAAUAUCCCUGAGAAGUGGACGCCUGAGGUGAAGCACUUCUGUCCCAAUGUUCCCAUCAUCCUGGUGGGGAACAAGAAGGACCUGAGGAAUGACGAGCACACACGGAGAGAGCUGGCCAAGAUGAAGCAGGAGCCGGUGAAGACAGAAGAAGGCAGAGACAUGGCCGGCAGGAUCAGUGCUUUUGGCUACUUGGAGUGCUCCGCUAAGACCAAGGACGGCGUGCGGGAAGUGUUCGAGAUGGCCACUAGGGCGGCGCUGCAGGUCCGCAAGCGCAAGAAGAGAGGCGCCUGCAGCCUCCUGUGAGCAGUUCAGAUGCCAUUUAAAAACAACCGACCAAUAGGAGGAAAAGAAUCACAUGAAAAGGACUGACCUUUUACCAAAUGGCAUCUUAGUACUGUAUCUCGCAUUUCACGAUAACGGGCAAGCAAAUGAAUCAAAUGCAAACAAACCGAAUACAGGAAGUGGACUUUGUCUAUAUUACAACCGUGAUUAGAAAUUGAUGUUUGAAGUUCCUUGUUGAUUUGCCAUUCCUCCCCAUCCCCCCCCCUCCCCUAAUCUGUCUUUACACACACAUAGAAUGCUUUCCCACUUUUUUUAUUUGUAACGCAACGAGGCAGUGAUAGAUGCACAUAUCUGUAUGCAAUAUUGUUCUUCACGAGCUUGAGCGAGCAGCAUCCUUCUUAGCUUGUGUAAAGUCUUCAUGAGUGCAGACUGUCCUGUUAGCAUCGCAGCCUGACCAUAAAAGCUAGUGCCUUUUUUCUUUUCUUAUUAUUUUCUUUUUUUAAGUUUGUAUGCCACCGUCUAUUUCUCAUGUUUUGUCAGCUAGCUAACAUUUCAGCUGAGGGGGCUCUCCAUUGUACUGUAGCCAGUGUUGUCAUUGUGAAACCUGAGCAAAAGCCAUAAGUAAGGCUUUCAGUGCUGCGGACUCGUCGAGCACAACAAAAGGUCGCUUGUGUCAUUUUUGUUUGCGUUCCCUCAACAUUUGCCAUUCUUAUCAAAAAUAAAGAAAGUAGCUGCCUCCAUGUAAAACAUUAAAAUAAGAGAAAAGAUCUGAUUAUUCACAUGCAUCCUUCAUAGCUAUUGCUAAUCUGUGCAGUGGACCCAUAUGGGAAGGGGGGGGGGGGGGGGGGUGAGAACUGGCCAAUCGAGACACAAGCCAAUAUGACUCAACUAUGCACAAUGGCUGUUAGGACCAACAGUGAGAUGACACAGCUGAAACAGAAAUGAAGGCCAAAGCCUGGUGAAACCUCCCUUGUUUGUUUAUUGCGGGUGACUUCAGCUCUACUCCUGCUACAAUUCAAGCGAGCCGGUGACGUCCGCUUUUGGAAUCCGUAUGUUGGACGGGUUAGCCCAGUUGUGGAAAUCAUGUGUUGUUAGAAGCCGUUAGCCGUCGCGUGUGGACGUUUCCAGUCGGACGACAUUCUUUACAUGAUUGACAGGAGUCGAGUUGGGUCCGUGUGAGGAGUUUGUUUUUCCCCUGGUGCCUUCUCUGUUGUGGUGUGCCUUUCGGUUGUUCUCUCCCAGACCAGAUAGACCAGCGGCUCCAUGCCAACAAGGUCGAGAGAGACCUUUCUGUCCUGUUUCACAAAGCUUGGUUCUUUAUAAAGGCUCUAAACUUAGGCUCGAUUUAAGCAAAAUGUGUCAUUCAUUUCCCUAACUUAAAGAUUUAAUCCAUAAAUGCAGUCUCAUCUUCAUUAACGUGGCAGGUAACAUUACUUUUGCUUAAAGAAUGACUCACAAAACAUCCAUCUGCAGCCAUAAAGAUUACCUUUGAUGUUUUAGAGUGUAUAACUGCCAAAAAAGAUAGUACAACUGUGGCUAAAUGUCAUCUGGAUUUACUAAUCUUUCUUUAUCCUGAUUUAUGUUGGUGUUGAUCUUCACUUCUUGGCAAGAAAUAUUUGAUAUUUUACUGAGUCAAAGGAGAAUUGUACUUUAAAACAGCUUUUGGAGACACGUCAGAGACCGUCCACUGGUCCUCUCAGAAUACUCGUGGUGGACGUUUCCUGGAAAUACAGCAGCUUGAUAUACAGUGCUUGAAAGGCCCAGCAACUGUCCUCAGGCACAGACUCUUGUUCUGGCAUUCCCUUUCUCUGCCUCUGUUGCUCAUUCAUGUCCCGUUCAUGUCCCUUGGUUGCAUGUUGCUGUCGGUCUAGAAAGAGGGUGGAUGUUGCAUGCAACCUUCUUACAAUGCCAGUAAAGGCCACAAACGUACCCAGCUGGCAGGAUCUGUAUUUGUUAUAUUGUAAUGCAACUUAUACCCUCUAGUGGAGAAGCUACAACAUAUAAAACUACUUAUUACAAUCACACACACACACACACACACCAUAUUAAUGUGGUUACCUCAAAUAUUUCUAGGGUGGAUCCUAUGCUUUGUGCAUUAUUGCGGAAAACAAGCACAGCAACAAGGCAGGAGUAAGCCCAUUCAGAUCCCUACCAAUAACGGGUUGUUUUUUUUAAUCAAUGAAAACAUGGGUCUUGAGCUACGCGUUUCAUAGUUGUGGCAUGAUGUUCACGGGUCUCAACAAGCUUAACGCCAAGGAAUUCAUGGGAAUUAGGUCGGCCGAGAUAGUCUAAUAGCUUUCACAGCUGGAAGCACAGCGCAACGAUGAAAGCAUUCCCCGGGCGAAUGCAGGGUCUAGUGUCGAACAUAUCACUACGAGCAUGGACAAUACUCCUGUUUAACGUGUACAGAUGAUGUUGUGCUAUAUAAAAAGCUGUCCUUAUGUCGUUGCAUGCAUGAGAAAAACUAUUGGUCUUUACAAUGAGCACACACACACACACACACAACAUUUGGGAACAGCUUCUGCUCAGUGUUGUGUAACUUUUUCCUUUCUUUCUCUGAAGUAUUUGAAAUGAUAAAAAGGAUCCAGAUUUCUAUAAAAGCUCAUUGUAAUAAUGCUUUGUAAAACGGAAGGUGUUGUAGUGAAUGUUUAAUCUGAAGUGAACAUCAACAUUGCUAAUAAACUAUUUUUGAGACAAGA